CAUGGAGCUCAUAUCCUCCAUGAUGCAAAAAAUUGCUCUGUUGGAACAAAAAGUAAAGAAACAAGCAGAGGAAAUCCAACUGAAGGACAGGAAGAUUGCUGAACUUAAGGGUAAGAUGAAGACGCUUCAGAAAGUGGAAGAUGCUCCUGACUUACCCAGAGCGGAGGAUCUGGAAAUGAGGUGCCUUCAGCUACAGACCCAGGUCUGGGAGAUGGAGCGGUUUCUAAAUGACUAUGGUCUGAUUUGGGUUGGAGAGAGUCAUGAACAACAAUUAGAAGCAUUCAAGGAUGAAGAACUGCCCGCAAGGAUGCUCUGGAAACCAGGUGAAACAAGUGCUUCAAAAUUCCAAAUUGAUUUUGACUUAAUUUUGGAAAACGUGAAGGAUUUGAAUGCACUGGCUGGGGAAGGCCUUUCUGAAAUAGAGCACACGCCGCGGGGUGCUCGGUUGAGACAGCCACAAUCCCUCCCUCUCACGCUGUAUCAAGAUGGGAUUGUCAUGGGCAAGGGACCCUUUCGGCCCUAUGAAGAACCGUCCACACAGCAAUACCUGCAGGAUAUCAUGGAUGGCUAUUUCCCUUCAGAGCUACAGCCACACUACCCCAACGGCAUUCCUUUACAGGUCACGGACAAGAGGGAUGUGGUAUUCCGGGAGAAACGCCUUCCAGGGAGCUUUCCUGGCCCUGGUCAAGUGGUUGGCCAUUCAAAAUCAAAUGAGCUAGAGGAAACCACUGAGAUCGCAGGUCCCAAGCUCUCACUGGAGCAGUUUCUGAACAAACUGCCCAAGUCCUUGAUCCGCGGAGGACAAGUGAUCGACGUCCGGGACUCGAUCAGAGCAAGGCUGCAGGGCUCUGAUGGGGCGCAGGGAGGAGAAGUGAUUCAACUGGAGACCCCUCAACUGGCUGCCCUGAAGAGGGUAAAGGCAGCUGAAGAGGCUGAGCCUCCUGCCGCGGGUGUCUGCACUCUGCGGAUCAAAUCUGAGAGCGGGGAGCAGACGUACAUUGUAAAGAUGCUCUUCACAGAAACCAUAGGGGACUUGCGCCAACACCUCACCCGUGCCAGGGGUGGAGACUCCGAGUCAUACGAGAUCAUCAGUACCUUUCCCCAGAGAGUGUACGUGGACAACACCCAGAGCCUGCAGGACUGCGGCCUCACCCCCAACGCCUCCCUGCUGCUGCGGGAAAAGGCCCCUUCCAAAAAGGGGGGACGGGGCUGCAAACAGCUCAGCAGCUUCUAG